CUUGUUAAGAGUGUGACCGAUGCUCGCACUUGACCGUGAAACAUUCGACGAAGCAACGAACGACAAAAGGCAACAAAAACCAAAACAAUGUGAACGAAAAUGAAAGCGAAACGUGGAGUCGAAUUGAUUGUGGAGUUCCAUUUAGUUCCGCACUGGGCAAUCAUCGUAUCAUAUCGUGUGCCCAAGCAGCUGAACCGGCUUCCAGCUGAUGCUGAGGUGGAGUCCAAGACGAGACGCAGAGGCUGUAACGGCGGAGGGAGGCACUUGAGGGCUGGGGCUUGAGUGGCGCAUGUUAAAGCUUGGGCUUGCAAAUCCCAAGCUCUCCUCUGGCGGGGAGCUCUGUGGCUUUUGUUACCGUUUUGCUGGUAUCGGUGCUGUCAUUUGGAUUCGGAUUCCGAUUGGGUUUCCGUUUGCUGUUUGCUGGCAAACAAAGUGCCGGUCAUUGUUUGGAUUUGUGCUGGCGCCGCGACGCUCUGCGCCGCACGGCAAACAUUAGAGCGUAUAAAUAUGCCGACAAAUUGCGACUAUUAAUCAUUCGACCCAUAGAUUCCACCGACAAAACAAUUAGCUUGGAGAUCUAUACCCAAAAUGAAACUUUUCAUAGCGUGCAUCUUCAUUGCCGCAGCGACGGCUGCAGUGAUUCCUGUCGAACAAGCCAGGCACCGUCGCGACGUCUCCGAGAUCGUGAACGAGUACGUCCCGCCAGCAGAGGAAGUUGCCCUCGAUGCCCCCCUCGGGGACAUCGCCCACGACUCAGCUCUCGUGGGAGAAGAUGGAUACCGCUACAAGACCGUCCGACGACUAAAACUGCGUCAUCGUCGUGAUGUGUCCGAGAUUGCCAACGAUUACCUGCCCCCAUCUGAAGAAGUUGUCACCGAGGCCCCUCUGGAGGAAGCUCCCGUCGAGGAAGCAAGCCAGGAUUCUGCUGUUCUUGCCGCCGAUGGAUACCAAUACAAGACUGUCCGUCGCCUUAAGUACCGUCAACGUCGUGAUGUCUCUGAGAUCGCCAACGAAUACCUUCCCCCUUCUGAGGAGGUUGCCACCGAGGCCGCCAUUGAGGAAGCUCCCGUCGAAGAGGCCAGCCAGGAUUCUGCUGUUCUUGCCGCCGAUGGAUACCAAUACAAGACUGUCCGUCGCCUUAAGUACCGCCAGCGUCGUGAUGUGUCCGAGAUCGCCAACGAUUACCUGCCCCCUUCCGAGGAGGUUGUUGCUGAUGAGGCUCCCGUUGAGGAAGUUCCCGUAGAAGAGGCCAGCCAGGACUCUGCUGUUCUCGCCGAUGAUGGAUACCAAUACAAGACUGUGCGCCGCCUCAAGUACCGUCAGCGUCGUGAUGUGUCCGAGAUCGCCAACGAAUACCUUCCCCCUUCUGAGGAGGUUGUCACAGAGGCCGCCAUUGAGGAAGCUCCCGUCGAGGAAGCCAGCCAGGAUUCUGCUGUUCUCGCUGCCGAUGGAUACCAAUACAAGACUGUGCGUCGCCUGAAGUACCGCCAGCGUCGUGAUGUGUCCGAGAUCGCCAACGAUUACCUGCCCCCUUCCGAGGAGGUUGCUGCUGAGGCACCCGUUGAGGAAGUUCCCGUAGAAGAGGCCAGCCAGGACUCUGCUGUUCUCGCCGAUGAUGGAUACCAGUACAAGACUGUGCGCCGCCUCAAGUACCGUCAGCGUCGUGAUGUGUCCGAGAUCGCCAACGAUUACCUGCCCCCUCCGGAGGGCGUUGCCACCGAGGCCGCCAUUGAGGAAGCUCCCGUCGAAGAGGCCAGCCAGGAUUCUGCUGUUCUUGCCGCCGAUGGAUACCAAUACAAGACUGUCCGUCGCCUUAAGUACCGCCAGCGUCGUGAUGUGUCCGAGAUCGCCAACGAUUACCUGCCCCCUUCCGAGGAGGUUGCCACCGAGGCCGCCAUUGAGGAAGCUCCCGUCGAAGAGGCCAGCCAGGAUUCUGCUGUUCUUGCCGCCGAUGGAUACCAAUACAAGACUGUCCGUCGCCUUAAGUACCGCCAGCGUCGUGAUGUGUCCGAGAUCGCCAACGAUUACCUGCCCCCUUCCGAGGAGGUUGCUGCUGAGGCACCCGUUGAGGAAGUUCCCGUAGAAGAGGCCAGCCAGGACUCUGCUGUUCUCGCCGAUGAUGGAUACCAAUACAAGACUGUGCGCCGCCUCAAGUACCGUCAGCGUCGUGAUGUGUCCGAGAUCGCCAACGAAUACCUUCCCCCUUCUGAGGAGGUUGUCACAGAGGCCGCCAUUGAGGAAGCUCCCGUCGAGGAAGCCAGCCAGGAUUCUGCUGUUCUCGCUGCCGAUGGAUACCAAUACAAGACUGUGCGUCGCCUGAAGUACCGCCAGCGUCGUGAUGUGUCCGAGAUCGCCAACGAUUACCUGCCCCCUUCCGAGGAGGUUGUUGCUGAUGAGGCUCCCGUUGAGGAAGUUCCCGUAGAAGAGGCCAGCCAGGACUCUGCUGUUCUCGCCGAUGAUGGAUACCAGUACAAGACUGUGCGCCGCCUCAAGUACCGUCAGCGUCGUGAUGUCUCUGAGAUCGCCAACGAUUACCUGCCCCCUUCCGAGGAGGUUGCCACCGAGGCCGCCAUUGAGGAAGCUCCCGUCGAAGAGGCCAGCCAGGAUUCUGCUGUUCUUGCCGCCGAUGGAUACCAAUACAAGACUGUCCGCCGCCUGAAGUACCGUCAACGUCGUGAUGUGUCCGAGAUCGCCAACGAUUACCUGCCCCCAUCCGAGGAGGUUGUCACCGAGGCCGCCAUUGAGGAAGCUCCCGUCGAAGAGGCCAGCCAGGAUUCUGCUGUUCUUGCCGCCGAUGGAUACCAAUACAAGACUGUCCGUCGCCUUAAGUACCGCCAGCGUCGUGAUGUGUCCGAGAUCGCCAACGAUUACCUGCCCCCUUCCGAGGAGGUUGCUGCUGAGGCACCCGUUGAGGAAGUUCCCGUAGAAGAGGCCAGCCAGGAUUCUGCUGUUCUUGCCGCCGAUGGAUACCAAUACAAGACUGUCCGUCGCCUUAAGUACCGCCAGCGUCGUGAUGUGUCCGAGAUCGCCAACGAUUACCUGCCCCCUUCCGAGGAGGUUGCUGCUGAGGCACCCGUUGAGGAAGUUCCCGUAGAAGAGGCCAGCCAGGACUCUGCUGUUCUCGCCGAUGAUGGAUACCAGUACAAGACUGUGCGCCGCCUCAAGUACCGUCAGCGUCGUGAUGUCUCUGAGAUCGCCAACGAUUACCUGCCCCCUUCUGAGGAGGUUGUCACCGAGGCCCCCGUUGAGGCUGUUCCUGUUGAGGAAUCCAGCCAGGAUUCCGCUGUUCUCGCUGCCGAUGGAUACCAAUACAAGACUGUGCGUCGCCUGAAGUACCGCCAGCGUCGUGAUGUCUCUGAGAUUUCGAACGACUACCUGCCCGCAGCUGAGGAGGUUGUCGAUGAGGCUCCCGUUGAGGAGGUUGCCCAGGACUCUGCUGUUCUCGGCGAUGCUGGCUACCAGUACAAGACUGUGCGACGCCUGAAGCUGCGCCACCGUCGUGCCCUGUAAGCUCCUUUAAGAAAUGUACCUGCGGCUCGUUCACGACUCGAAUCAUUCACCCAUUGUCCCCCUCCGCCCCACCAAGAACCACCCACUAUUAGGCUUUAAGUCAGAAGGACUUCUGUUUGCUAUUGUUUAACGAUUGAAAUCAACGAAAUAAAUCCAACGAAAAUUGUUAUAAUAUA